AUGGUCAAGAGAAAGCUUGGAGCCUUGGAAAAGGUUGAGGCCGACUUGCCCAAUUUGCAGCAUAAAAUCCGCCGGGAUCCUAAAUCCUACAUUGAAGACUUUCGCGCCCAGCAUUAUCAGUAUGAAUCGCAUCGAGAAAUUUUCAUGGCAGCGCCCACUUCUGCCACUGACACCGGUAUCAUUUCGCUUCGCGACCUGAUUGACUUUAUGUCUCAUGUUGCCGAUUGCUAUCCUGAUAUCCUGAAGGAUUUCCCCCAGCAGUUGAUUGAUAUGUUAAUCCAGCACCACCUGGUGCUGGAACCUGAAUUACGAGAGAAGCUGGUUGGGAGCCUGGUGCUCCUCCGCAAAAAGGAAAUUAUUGACUCUUCAACGCUCUUACACACUCUCUUCCCAAUCCUUAUCUCCACUCCAAGCAAAACUCUGCGCGCUUUAUUGUUCCAAAAAAUAUUGUCUGAUAUACGCUCGUCUAACGCAAAGUCUACGAAUCACAAAUUGAAUCGAACUAUGCAAACCGUGCUUUUCAAUCUUGUCACGUCGGACCGCACAUCUUCCAAGCCUCUGUGGGCAAUUAAGAUCACUCGAGAACUAUGGAAACGCCAAAUCUGGACCGAUGCAAAGGCCGUUGAAGUCAUGAAGGAGGCCAGUUUAUCGGAAAAAGAGAAGGUCAUUGUGGGUGGUGUCCGCUUCUUCCUGGGUGGAGAUAAGGAGCGUGAAGAGGCAGAGGAUGAGAGCAGUGACGAAGAGGCUGUUGAUAUCGGUAGAGUCAAGCAUCAACUUGGUAUUAACAAGAAGACCAAGAAGAAGUCUCGACUGGCUGAAAAGGCCAUGGCAGCACACAAGAAGAAAGAGCGUAAGAAGCACCAGCCGCAUGCGCUCAACUUCUCUGCGUUGCAUCUGCUGCACGAUCCACAAGGAUUCGCGGAGAACUUAUUUUCCAAGCAUCUGCAAAAUUCCAGGUCAAAGCUCAAUCUAGAGCAGAAACUCCUGGUUCUGCAGUUGGUGUCACGGUUGGUCGGUCUGCAUAAGUUGCAUAUCAUGUCGCUCUAUUCGUACUUCCAAAAGUUCUUGACGCCUCGUCAGCCAUCAGUCACUUCGUUCUUGGCUUCUUUGGCACAAGCCACUCACGACUUGGUUCCUCCAGACGUUCUCGAGCCUCUGAUUCAAAAGAUCGCGAACGAGUUCGUUUCGGAAGCCUCUGCCGGACAAGUGGCAACAGCAGGUCUGAACGCUAUUCGAGAGGUCUGUGCAAGACAGCCUUUGGCCAUGAAUGAAACCUUGUUGCAAGAUCUAGUCAUGUACAAGAAGAGCAAAGAUAAGGGUGUCAUGAUGGCUUCAAAGGGUCUUCUGAGUCUUUACCGUGAUGUCGGAGCGUCCAUGCUCAAGAAACGUGACCGUGGCAAGGAGGCUGCCAUGAGCCUCCGCGCCGGUGAUAAGGAGAAAAGACGAUUUGGUGAACAAGAAGUGGGAGGUAUCGAGGGAUUGGAACUUUUGGAGAAAUGGAAGGAAGAAGAGCGCCGGAAGAGACGAGAGGAGAAGGGCCUGCCAUCCGACGCAGAGGAUGAUGAAGACGAAGACGAGAACAACUGGGAUGCCUGGAACGUCGAAGACGACGAAGACAGUGACGAUUCUGGCGACUGGAUUAACGUUCAAAGUGACGCUGAAAUUGAUAUCAGCGACUCGGAGGACGAAGGCAAGAACCGGCCUGCUAAGAAGGCUAAGUCAGACGAGGAGGAGGCCAAGGCAAAGAGUGCCACCCCUUCAGAGCCGUCGGCGGAGACCGCCUUUUCCAAACUUGCGACUACCCGUAUCCUCACUCCUGCUGAUUUGGCAAAGCUCGCCGAGCUCCGAGCUCAGGCAUCCGUCGAUGCUGCCGUCUCUGGCAAGUCUCGCCGUGCUGGGCAGCCCGCUUCUGCCCGCCACAAUGAUGACCCCUUGACGGCAGAGGAAAUCGAAGGUCUGGCAGCCCUAUCUGCUGGUAAGGCCACUCGUGAGGAGAGAAUUGCUCAUGCUCGCGAGGGUAAGCUUGAUCGGUCUGAGCACAAGAGCAAGGAGGCAAAGCGCCGCGAGCGCAAGCAAGAGCAGGGCAAAAGUACUACCAACAAGGAGAAGGCUCGUCGGAAGAACUUCUUGAUGACCUUGGGGAAAGCAAAAAGCAAGAAUAAGCGAAGUCUGGUGGAAACUCGGGCUGUGCUGAAAGCCCAUCACGAUCGUUCGAAGCGGGGUGGCAAGAGAGGAAACAUUGGUAAUUAG